UCCCUCCCUCCCUCCCUUCCCCGUGUCUUUCUCUCUCUCGCGGGCGCGCGCGGGGAAGCUAAAAGCCAUGAAGAUCAUUUGCCUUCAGCCGCCCUUCUUCGUCUCGUCGAAGAAGAAAUCCCGCUCCAUCACCCGAUCCAAGGCUUCCUCCUUCGGAUCCAACGCCGCUUCCUCCUCCGACGAAACCCAGUCCACCCCCAAAUCCGUCCUCCCCCCGUCUCCACGCCGCCGCGUGGCCAAAUCGGCCUCCAUCGGCGGCGGCGAAGAGUGCUGGUCCUCGUCGUCGACGGACCACUCUCCGGCAGAGAGGGAGGGGGAGGACAGGGUCACGCGGCGGGAGCUGGAGGUCGUUCUCCGGCGGCUGGGGCCGGACCCGCCGACGGAGGAGGAAGUGGCGGCGAUGCUCGCCGAGGCGGACCGCGGCGGCGACGGGAGCAUCCGGCUGCAGGAGAUCGUGGCGCUGGGCUCGGCCUUCGGGCCCCCCGUCGCGCCGGAGCUCCGGGAGACGUUCGCCGUCUUCGACGUCGACGGCGACGGUAAGAUCUCCGCUGAGGAGCUGCUCGCGAUGUUCGUCACCCUCGGCGACGAGCGGUGUACGCUGGAGGAUUGCCGCCGUAUGAUCGGCGUCGUCGAUUCGGACUGCGAUGGCUUCGUCUGCUUCGAGGAUUUCGUUCGCAUGAUGCACGGCCAGAGAUAGACGAGUGCACUAAUCUCAGGAUCUAAUCUAACAAAAAUGGACGGUGGUGAUGAACGGUUUCGUUUUCUUUUCUUUCUUCGUCUUGUAAUUUUUAAAAAAAGGUCAAAUCAGUCGCCUUCAUCGGUCAUGUAUCUUUGGAUCAGAUUAAAAUCGAUCAAUCUAAUGAUGCUAAUCCUUUGCCUCAA